GUGAUCUCGUCGAAAAUAAAAAUCGAAACUUUCAUGUAGCUGUAACCUAAUUUUCCACGGAAAUUCUCUGACUUUCUCGCUGCCCAAACAAGUUUUUUCCCCUUCAAAAUCCAAAAGGAAAAAAAUUCCCUGAAAAUCCUGUCGGUAUCAAAGCAAAGGAUCUGUUGAGGGGCUUUCGUCAAAAACCUGGAUCAUCAAUUGUAACUUUACUUCAAGUUCGAAUUUCAGAUCUUUUAUCGGUUUUGUCACCAUUUUAGUGACACUGAGUUUGGAGCUGGUGAAGAAGUGAUUCUAGAAAGGAGGUUUUUCCUGCAAUUUUCUGCUGGAAAGGUGCAAUCGAUCACACUUUGAAAGUGUUUGAUCAAAUGGUUGAGUUGGUAGGUCCAAGACUGUAUAGUUGCUGCAACUGCAGGAACCAUGUUGGCCUUCACGACGACAUCAUCUCUAAGGCCUUUCAGGGAAGAACCGGGCGAGCCUUCUUGUUCUCCCAUGCCAUGAACAUAGCGGUAGGGCCUAAAGAAGACCGGCAUCUCCUAACAGGUCUCCACACGGUGGCUGACGUAUCUUGUGCAGACUGCAACGAAGUUCUUGGAUGGAAAUACGAGCGAGCAUACGAAGCCUCACAGAAGUACAAGGAGGGGAAGUUCAUACUCGAAAAGGCCAAGAUCGUCAAAGAAGAUUGGUAACAAACCAUGUUGAAUUCAUUCUUGGGUUUGGCUAAAACAAUGUACAUAGAUUAUCCGCUUUGUGUUUCAGUUCUUCAUCACCUGUUUCGGUCUUUUUCUAUUGUCCAGUGUGAUUGUUCUGUCAUGCCUUGUGUGUCUGUGAUUAUGGUUGGAUGUAUAAAUAAAGAUGGUAAUAUAAUUUAUUGAUGUA